GGGAAAAAAAAGCGGUGCAGAAGAAAACUCAAACGACAGAGAAAAAAAAAAAGAAAAAGAAAAAACCCUAAUAGACCAAAGCCGUGCACAUCGAUCUCUACCGCCCUCGUCGAUUACGAUCAUUCACAUCGUGAAUUUAAACCGCUGAACUCACUGGAUUCGGCUACUCAUAGUACGAGUCUCCUUCCUCCUUCGACUGGGUGUUCAUUCGGUUUCGGAGCAGCUAGUGAAUUUUGCCAAGAAAUAUGGAGGACUGGGAAGAUGAGCAAAUUCCACCCCUUCCCGUAAAAGCUGAGCCUAAAAAUAGUUGGGAUGAUGAGGAUGUGGAUGAGUCUGAUAUCAAGGAAUCGUGGGAGGAUGACGAUGAUCCCGCUCCGCCACCUGUUGUAAAGGCUGCUCCCGAGAAGGCUCCCAAGAAAGCAGCUGCUAAAGGAACUGACAAGAAGGGUAAAGCAGCCGAAGCACCAAAGGAAGAACCGCUAGAUCCUCUUGCUGAGAAACUACGCCAGCAAAGGCUUAUAGAAGAAGCAGAUUACCGAUCAACUGCUGAACUUUUUGGAAAGAAAGGGGGCAAUGAGAAAGACCUCGAUACUUUUAUCCCCAAGUCAGAGAGUGACUUCUUGGAAUAUGCUGAGCUGAUUUCUCAUAAGCUUAGAUCGUUUGAGAAAAGCUAUCACUACGUUGGGUUACUCAAGGUAGUGAUGAGACUUUCACUGACAAACGUGAAAGCAGCAGACGUUAAAGAUGUGGCUUCAUCCAUCACAGCCAUAGCAAACGAGAAACUAAAGGCUGAGAAAGAGGCUGCUGGUAAAAAGAAGCCAGGUGGGAAGAAGAAACAGUUGCAUGUGGACAAACCCGAUGAAGAUCUGGGCGUCGAUCCUUACGAUGCUCUUGAUGAUUACGACUUCAUGUAAAGAGAAAACUCCGUCGAUUGAAUUCUUCUCCGGCUGUCCUUUUUUUCAUUUCCAUUGACUGAUCACUCGGAAGAGCAAGUUCUAAAACGCCGGCGGGUUUUUAGUUCUUUGUUAUUCAUUUAAAGGAGACAGUUAUAGAUAGAGAGAGAGGAGAUUGCUCUUUGUUCUUUAACACAAUGGUUUUGUUCGGGUCCGAAUCUAUUUUUGUAACUUUGUGGAGUGAGUGUCCAUGUUUUGCUUUCUUUUUAGUUUGUUCAAUUUUCUGUCCGUACAACACAGGGAAGUGUUGGCUUCAGGUUCCAGACAUUAUUCUUGUGAACUGUUCGGUCUAAGUCCCGGUUAAUGUUAUUAACUUUCAGGGUUUACGGUUUUA